GAAAUUCAAUCAGUUUCCUCCGAGCCUCUGCAUGAGAACAGAAGGGAAACCACUACCAAAGUGCUCCCCUCUAAAGUCCAAAUGGAUGACGUCGUGAUUGAAUUGAGCGACUCAAAUUCGAGCCACGCACCGCAGAAAAAAUUCCCGACACAAGCUGCAACACCCACAGUCGAAGCUGCCACAAAAGCACCUGCAGUCGAAGAACCUUCGUCUUCGGGUGCUCCCGCUGAGGUGGAGCUGAAUGAGGACAGCUGCAGUCGGGAUCUGCUCGACACACUAUCCACAUCGAAGAAGGCCCGGCGGGACCUGACAAAACCACAAAAGCUGCGUCCCACGCUCAAGCAGACGCCCAUCAGUGUGUCCGACAGCGCCGACGAAUCGUCAGAUGCCUCGCCGCUCGUCAAACCCAACCGUACCAAAUCGGAUACGCCGCCAUCUUCAGCUCCGUCGCACCAAGUGGCCAAGCGGACCAAAAAGCAGAUUGCUGCCAAAAGCGUGGAGGCAACAGCACCUGUGGACACGCCCAAGCGUCCAUCUCUGUUGAUGGCGCGUCGUAAGUUCCUUAAGCCAGUUCGUCUGCCCUUCCAUCCGCAUAAACGGACCCCAGCCCAACUAGCCGUCGAUAAGGAGAGAGCCAGAACCAAGUGCCCAUCUCUGUUCUUUCUCCCAGUCCCAGUCCCCCAGUCUUCCCCCAAGCCAGGAUCAGAAGCGCAAGAGGAUCCCCCUUCAGUUGAGGAGUCUGUAGAGGUAGUAAAGGAACUGCCUCAAUCAUCACCAGAGAAAGAAACAUCGCAGACUGCAGAGGAAACUAAAGUUCCAGUCACAACACCUGAUGAUGCACCAAGUGAGGCGGCCACAGUUGAGCCUACUCCUGCCCAAGGCGUUGAGUCCCCAGCUGAAAUUAAAUCUGCCCCAGAGGGGGACUCGAUCAGAGUCGAAACGCAGGCGGCGCCUGUGGAAACUGAUUCUGAACAGAACAAAAGGCAAACGCUAGCGACGGAGAAGCAGCUCCAAAGUAAUUCUGAAAACGGAAACCAAUCGCUUGAAGAAAAAAUCUUCAAGAAAGUUAAACCAGAGACGGAAACGGAAAACCGGGAAAAGCAAGAGGCAGAGGUGGCAGCAGAAGGGGCAGCCAAGCAGGAUGCAAAGAAGGCAACACGACUGGGGCGCAAGGACGAGCACUCGCACGCUAGGGAGGAGGUAUUGCCUGCCGCCAAGAGGGUAACCAGAAAGGGCUCGUCCGUGGAGAAAACAACAGAGGCCAGCGACUCGGAGAGACCAAGGAGGCGGGGCCGCAAAUCGAUCUCCGAGAAACAGCCGAUCCUCGAGGACAAGGAAGCCAACAUGGACACGGUCCAGAGACGGGGACGAAAGCCGUCCAAAGAAGUAGACGAAGCAAACCCAGAGCCAGAGACGUCCAAAUCCAAUCCGGAAAAGCCCAAGCGACGUGGACGCCAGCCAUCAGCAGAGGAGGCAAAGGACAUCGAAGCCAAGAACAAGGAGGAGGAGAUUCUGAAUACCAUCGAAGAGGAAGAGAUGCCAUCCGAGCAAAGUAAACUGAAGAGGGCCCUGCUACCUUCAACUACAGAAGCUCGCCCCGAGACAGCGAAGCGGGGUGGACGGCUUCCAUCAGCGGAGAAGAAUGAACCACAGGAGGCCAAAGCCCAGGAGAUCGUGCUACCCAACAAAGAUGAUCACACUGUGGACUCCGAGCUAAGGAAGCCCCCAAAGGAGGCUGCAAAGGAUGAUACACAGAACCCCAAAGCCCUGGGGCUUCUGUUAGCUAUCAAAGAAGAUCAACCAGCUGGGGCUGGGGCUGAACCAAUGAAGCCCCUAAAACGAACCCGUAAGUCCUCGGAGCGUGUAAAAACUAAACAGGCCAGCCAGCCAACAGCCACUAAAGAGGAUCAGACAGAUGCCCAGGCAGACAGACCCAAGCGACGUGGACGCAAGCCUUCCGUGGAUGUCGAGCUGGCAGCUCUGGAUGUCCCCGAGAAACCCAGGCGACGGGGACAGAAAGCAGACGCAGCUGAUAAAGAACCAGCAUUAACGAAGCGCAUGGCUUUGGCGGAGCCAGUGGAUCCACAUCUGGAGAAGAUCACUAAGGAAAUCGAGCAAGAGCCAGAGCCAGAGCCAGAGCCAAAGAACCUGCUGCUGGACGAGGAGGAGCAAAAGACACGUCGACGCGGACGCAAACCGACAACCGAGACAGUGGAUGUACCAGAGGAGCAUGUCGAGACAACCAGUUCCCGGCGACGCGGACGCAAGGCGACCGUAGAAGAAGCUAAGGUUGGCCAGGCGGAGCCCAAGUCAAAGCGUCACAGCGCACAGGGUGCACCCCUGGAGGCUCCUGUUCCCGAGAUCCAGGAAGCAUCAACAGCCAGCGUGAAGCCAGCCCGACGAGGUCGCAAACCAAGCAUGGAUGUGGAUCUGGCAGAGAAGAAAAAGCCAACCCGAGCUGUCCGGAAACCAUCGGCGAGUAUCGACGAGGGGACAUCCCAAGCCAACAAGACAACGGCACGACGAGGACGCAAGGCCUCCGCCAAGGAAGAAGGCAUCGAUUCGCAGCUCACUAACCAAGAUGUGCCAACAGGAAUCUAUGGGGUAUACUCCUCGGCCUCCCACAUCGAGGAUGAGCGGACACCACGACGGCGCAGUGGACGAAAUAUUCCCCGCAAAAACUACAAAGAAGUCUCCGACGACGACAGCUCGGGUACACGGUGCAACCGCAAGCCGGUGACUCUGCCGGACCCCACAACUUCGCAGAGGCGUGAGAGACGCAAUCUACCGCGGAAGAACUACACAGAACCCCCCGACGAUGACGAUGACGAUGACAAGCCGACCCCGUCCCGCAGCCGGCGCCAGAGGAAUCCGACAGUCAAGACCCUGGAGCUGAUUGUGGACACCACGCCCAGACCAGCCACGUCCAGGCGACGCAAGGGCAAGGCAGGCGCUGAGGAGCCGCACGAGGAAGAUCUUCCAGUGAAGAAGACGUGCACAGAACUUGCAGAGGAGCUACCAGCGGUGGCAACGACCGCCGCUGUUAAAGGACGUGGCACCCGUCGCAAGGUCGAGAAUGUGGCCGAAGCAGAGUCUGCAGAGAUGGAGGAGGCGGAGCCCAGGGCAGCAGCCAGGAAGAAUACGCGUGGCAACGCACGCAAAGCCAAAGUCGGGACUGACUCAGACUCAGAGGCUCAGCCGGCCGCCAAGAAAGCACGUGGCGGAGCCCGUGCCAAGACCCCAGUGCGGAUGAUUUCCGACGGGGAGCAGCCAGAGCCUACAAAGGAGCCCGCGGUGGCUGUGGCCGCCAAGAAACCAGCCCCAAUUUUCGAACCAGAGGCAGAGCAGCCAGCUCCGUCAACGGAACCCGUUGCCCCAACAGCCCCGAUGACACGCAGCCGUGCCAAGAAGGUUCUCUUCGAGGCCACUCCGGCCGUGGCAGAGUCCGCCUCCAGCAACGACGAGGCGCCCAAGAGAGCCCUCCGCCCCCGCCGCAAAUAAGGAACUGGGUUUCAUUUGCCAUCUUGCACUUUGCCCAGUUGUUUUAUAAAUAAAUAUUCUCUAUCGUA